UGUCUGAGGUCAAAUUAAUCGGAAAUAUUUCAUCAAAUUGCAAUCAGUUUGAAACAAUGGCGCACUAUCAGAACCAAUACGGUGCAACACCCCAAGAAACAGAUCAGUUUGGAAACCCAAUUCAACAUGGCACUACCGGAGCCACUGGCUUCGGUACCGGCACAACCGGGUACGGGACUACUAACGACCCGUACACAGGAGGGCAGCAGCAACAGGAAAGAGGGAUGAUGGACAAGAUCAAAGACAAGAUUCCAGGGACUGGUGGGGCACGUAGGGCUGACGACCCCUACUCAUCGCAUGCCCAUACCGGUACUGGCACGACUGGAACUGGGUACGGGACUACUGACGCUCCCUACACCGGAGGGGAGUACCGUGAAAGGGGGUUGAUGGACAAGGUGAAGGACAAGAUUCCAGGGACUGGGGGCCGUACGCACGAUCCUACACCUUACGGUGGGACAACCUACACCGGAGAGCGCCAGCAUGAGGGGAUUGUGGACAAGAUCAAGGACAAGAUUCCGGGAACUGGGCAUAGGGAUGAAGCCUACUCAUCUCAUACGACCUCCACCACCGCACCAUACGGUGGAACCACCGGAGCGCACCAUGAAAAGAAGGGCAUCAUGGACAAAAUCAAAGAAAAACUUCCCGGUGGACACCACUAAAUACAAAUAUAUGCAUAAGUGUGAAUUCAUAUAUUUGAAUUCUAGGGCCGGUCAGUUGUUUUAAUAUGCUAAUAACCGGUGCUUGGCGUGACUGUGUGAACUUUUUUCUGACGUGCACGAGUGAGCAGCGAGCGGUUCGCAGUGUCGUUUGUGUUUUUGUAGUAUUUACUUUGUAUGUCGUUUCAUCAGUGGAGCAAUAACAUUCUGGUUUCUGUUUA